UCGCGAUACGAGCCAAAUAUCCAUCAAUCUCAGUGUGUGAUCAAGCUGUGAGAGGAUAAUUUUUAUUUAUAGUUUGGCAAUGUGCAGUUACUGAAUGUGUGAAGAUUGUUUGAAUUAUUGACAAGGUGACUGUGGAAUUCCGUUGCUGGGACGAAUGACAGUUAGAGUUUAAAAGUUUCGGUGGUUUCAAAGUGGAGGUUGAUAAGGGUGAAGGUUUUAGGAGAAUGUGCAGUAACGAGAGUCCACCGCCGGCGAAGGAGCCUCUGGCGGUUGGUCUGGGGGUUGGUAAUCCAAUGGCUGGAUUUCUGCCGGGUCUGGAGCAGCAUUAUAGGCUUCAGUUCUAUCAUUAUGCCAUGGCUGAACGUUUGAGACUUGUUCAGCAGUUACAUCCACAACAUCCUGGAGUGGGUCAUCCCAAUUCGGGAGGACCAACGUCACAUCUAGGAAUGUCACCUGGAUUUCCAGCACCGCUGCCUCUCUAUCCGGCGGCCGCAGCGGCAGCGGCAGCCGCUGGUUAUCCCAGCAGAUUAGCUUUGUCAAUGGCUUUGCUUCAUCCUCAUCAUCCGAGAAUUCCAGAGGAACCCAAGCCUCAGCACAGCUAUAUCGGGCUAAUUGCAAUGGCGAUACUGUCGUCACCUGAUAAGAAAUUGGUGUUGUCGGAUAUUUAUCAACACAUAUUAGAGCACUAUCCGUACUUCAGAUCCCGCGGGCCCGGCUGGAGGAACUCGAUAAGACAUAAUUUAUCAUUAAAUGAUUGCUUUGUGAAAUCGGGAAGGAGUGCCAAUGGAAAGGGUCACUAUUGGGCCAUUCAUCCAGCGAAUCUUGAAGACUUCAGAAGAGGAGACUUUCGGCGACGCAAGGCCCAGAGGAAAGUCCGUCGUCACAUGGGUCUGGCCGUCGAAGAGGAGCCAGACAGUCCUAGUCCACCACCGUUACCACCAACUCCACCACCGGCGGCACUUGUUGGACCAGUCAAUCCACAAGCGCUAUCGGCAAUCUGGAGUCCUCAUCAUCAUCAUCAAGUCUCCCAGCAGACGCAUCAUCAAACGCCCCAGCAGCUGUCACCUGAGUCACCAUCUCCAACUCACAAUCAACAUCGCCAGGUUCACAGUCAGACGUCGAUGAGGAGUUCCUUUCAGCCGGCGCGGAAACGGCAAUUCGAUGUUGCCAGUCUUCUAGCACCUGAUGACCAGAACUCAGAAUCUUCGCUGCUAAGAGCUGCCAAAGUCAGGAGAUUCAGCUGCAGUGAAUCAGAACACGAGGUGGAUCAGAUUGAUCAAGAAGAGGAGGAUGUUGACGUUGAUGUCGAUGUUGAUGUAGACGUUGUCGCUGAGACGAACCCCUUGUCGUCACCCGUUGGCACCCCCAGUGCUAGUCCUGACAGCAAAAUGAUAUCACCUAGCAGUCACUGUGAUUGGAAUUCACCGACGGCCCUCAGGCCAUCUGGCCAACCCCUAUCCGCUAUUCAUCUUCACAAUCAUCUUCACGUGAGGAAUUAUUACAUCCAGGCAAACGCAACUUCUAGCUCCAGCGUAUAGACUUUUUUAUACUUGAUAAGAUCACAGUAGAUAAUGAGUAACGGAAUUCGGUGUACAUAAAUCCUUUUUUUUUGAUGAUGAUCUCCAAUGUUCAAAGUGUAAUAUAAAACUCAGUGUAAUAUAUUAGCUUGUAAUGAUAAUUGUAAUUGAUGAUUGUAAAAUCCUGAUUGUGUAAUUCGGGAGGAAUUCUGGUCGAAGAAUUGAAAAUCCAAAAUUAAUAACAAAACCUUAUGAGAUAACGGAUUUCUUCGUAUGUUUAUGUGAAAAAUGAAUGUCCUUGCGUUCUCGUAGUCAGAUUGGAAGACGAAAUGGCAAGAUGCAUAGGAGGAGUGAUAAGGAGUAUCACCGGCUUGAUAUCGGUGAUUCAAUAAAAGUCUGU